CACGGGUAAUUCCCAGUUUUACAGUCACUCAGUCAGCAGUUCUAAUCAGGUAGUCAGUCGCUGUCCAACCUCGUUUGCAUCCAGGUGAAGAGUUUCCUCACUAAUGUCUGACAAAAAGGCGGAAAUAGUGUAUCCACAAACUCAAAACAUGCAACAUCUCAACCCCAAGAAAGUGAUACAAAAACACUGGGUGACAUUGAAGGACAGACUUCUUCCACUGGAGGUUAUCGACACUCUCUUUGCAAAGGAAUUGAUAUCUGAUCGUGCUCUUGCUCUGAUACGAGAUGAACAGAAGCGCUUCAAGCAGGUUGAAAUUUUGAUGGACCACAUCAUGUGUCUCUCCGAUAAGGAGAUUAAACAGUUUGCAAUGAUACUGUCUCAUACUCAUGGAAUCAGUGACGUUGGAGAGCAACUAGUACGGGAAAUGAACGCAGUAGAACAAUCUCUGCGUUAGUGUGUGUUUAUAUCAAGUCACUGUAAUCGACUGUUAGUCCCUAAUGUUUUACAAUUUUCCUAAGUUUUACUCAAAGUUUAGAUAGGAGUUGUUGAGACCAGAGUCAAUUUGCAGACUAGAGACUUUACUGUGCUCUUCAAAACAUCUUAGCCACUGUUUUGUAUUAUAGUAUUUCCAAUACAGCAUCUUGUCUACAUUCUUCAGCUUGUACACGCAACAAAUCUAUGCCGCAUACGGGAUAGUUGUUUUAAUCACGUGACUGAAUCUGUUGGUGCCAAUAUUUAAUUCGUUGUCCAGAAGUGUUGUGGUUGUUCGCAAGCUGAAUGGAACGCGAUGAAAUGGCAAAAGAACAACUUCGAAAGCACUGGAAGGAGCUGCGUGACAGACUAGACACAGAACUUUUGAUAGACGAACUGUAUCAAAAUAAAAUGAUUCAUUUAGAUGAUCUUGAAAACAUUCGAGCCGAGAGAGCACGACACAAGAAAGCUCUAGUAUUGCUUGCUAAGAUGAUGAGAUCCUCACAUAAGGAGAUACAACAGUUUGCACGAUUAUUGACACGCACAGAAGGGAUCAAAGAUCUUGGUGAUCGGUUGCUACGCGACUUAGUGUCCGAGACAGCUAGACAUGAUUACUCAGUCGGUCCUUUGGACAGUUUGUAGGAGAUUGACUGGUUUGCAAACUCUAGAUGUUUUAAUGCAAAGCAUGAAUGGUAUGGCAUGAAAUUUGAUAUUUUGCAUUUAGUGUUCUGUGCUUCUUGGCUGUUUUGUAGUUGCCAUGGGUUAUAACCGUUUUGAAUACUAUGUACUGUUUGAUUCUUUUAUCUCAGUGGUUAUUUUUGCUGCAACAGAAAAUGUUAUACAAAGUAAAGAUAAGAUAAGGCACCAAAGGUACAUGUACUAGUAAUAUGAUUCAUGCUGUAAACAUAUACAUGUACACUGUGAGGAGGAGUCCAAGCAGGUCACGUGUACUAAAGCAGAGCACACCUUGUCUAAAAAAGGGAAGCCAGCCCCGCCCCCUUUGAAUUUAAUUAACUAACUACCCUAUUACCCAUUGCUAUAUUACCCAUGACCUUUUUUCCUACUAUGUUUAGAAUAUGACACCAUAAACAUGCAAUUGCAUCAGUUGCUAAAAAUAGCAUCUUAACUCUAGAAAAGGGCAACUCGGCCAUGGAGUCUGUAGAUCGGGUAGUACUCACUGCUAUCUGCUAUUUUAUCAAACUCGUAUUUUAAUGACUAACACACUUCCUCGACUGGACAAUGACAGAUAUGAGCUACAGUCGCAGCCAAACACAGGGUAGAAGUCUAGCUAGCCGUUCUAUGGCUAGAUCGAUAUCUGUACAUCGGGAUACUUGUUCAUCAACAAUAUUCUCCAAGCCUUCUCAGUCUUUACCUUUGGAAGCGUCAUCGUGUGAGAGUUCUUGCAGCGCUGGCGUUACGAGCGUAAAGCAGCUGAGUCGAGGAAGUGUGUCACGUCAACUCUCUAGAUCCAAUGGAGGCCCCUCUUCUAGGCAACAUCACAUGUACAGUUGCGUAGAUCUAGAUGGGAGCUAUUUGCAAUUGGUCCAAUCAGAGAUGGCUGUUGUUGGGCAAGUACAGCGAGUGCAACAGUAUGGGCAUGGGCCGUCAGCAUCAUCAUCACCAAGAAAACAGAAAGAGAAUUCAAUGAAGCAACAAUUGCAUGGACUUCCUGAACCCCAAAGUCACAAAACUGAGACUUGGAAUGAUUCUAGAGAGACUGCUGCUGAAGUCUUGCGAGGAAACUGGAAGAAACUAGUUGACAGACUUGAACCUGACAUGGUGAUUGACGACCUGUACCAGGGAAAUAUCAUAUGUCGUAUGGGGCUUGAAAAAAUCGAUGCAAAAGAUACAAGAACAUUAAAAUGUAGAUGUCUACUGAAGAUGAUAAUCACCCAAUCAAGGUCAGCAAUAGUGGAUUUCUGUACGAUAUUGAGCAGAACAACAGGCAUCAGCGACCUUGGAAUGAACCUGAUUGGAGAGUUAGCUAAGAGCAAGUGCACGCAACCCCUAGAGACAUGGGUAUGAGCCACACACAGACAACUGAACAACUUUACUAGACAUUUCGUUUGCUGUACAUAUAUAGUCUUGUAAAAUGAGUGUACAUAAUGUUGAACUGACCUCACAUAAUAAACAGCCUAACACAUACUCAAAUUGUUAAUUAGACAACAUUUGUAUAUACUUUUAGAUGAUAAAAGAAUAUGAAACUCAGAAUUCACACUUUGAUGUCAGAACUAUCGUUGAGUGCCUCGAAUGCAAUAUUCUGAUCUAUCCAACAGUCAGGCUAGUGCACAUGUAUUAUUGCUUUUCAAACAUUACUACAAUAUUGCUACAGGGG